AUCCAUUGUUUGGAUUUUUGGGGGGAAUUAACUGGCGAAUAAAGGGGCCAUUUUUCAUCUUUAAUUUAGAUACAGAAAUGAUUACACAGUCAUAUUGCAGAGAAGAAACUCAACUAUUAAUUCAUAGUCAAGUUUCUACGAUUCGUGCUCUUGGAUAACACCACAGUUAACGUUGAUAAAAAGAAAUGCUAUACGUCAUCAUAUUCGCAUAAGUCAACGCCGAGCGCAUUCGUGCUUGUUAUGACUUUGAAUGGCACAUGCUCCGACUACCUGGUUGUUAAUAUGUCGUUCAACAGUUAUACUUUGUGAAGCUUACAUGCAGUUGUCUACACAAAUAUUACGACCUACGAUGUCUACAGGCUUAGUUCCGAACAUGGAAAGUUGCAAAGCAAUUAGCGGAACAGAACUUUUAUCAGUUUAAAUAACAUGAACACGCAUGCGAUUUAUUUUAUGUUUUCCAAUGGUAGAGUGAAACAAAGACGACGAAUUCUGCAACAUGUGCCCAAUCUGCUUCCUCGCCAAAUUUGACAAGUAUCUGCCGUCAUUUGAAAUGGUUAAACUCCUCCCAGUGCGAUUCCAACUGUGAACGAUUUAUUAUCAGAUUUGAUCAACCGUUUGCGCAGAUAGGUUUAGGAAGGACCUUAUCAUGAUAAAGGGAUGGGAUCAGACACCAGGCCAUAUGCGGACUUCUCAUGUGUCGCAUAGCUCCUCUUGGGUCGUACUGUAACUGAUAAGGAUCGGCGACAUACAUCAUAACAAGCGAUGCAAUCAAAUUACGAUCAACCAAGGAAUCGUUCGGAAACAAAAGCACGAGCCUGAUUGAAAAUCUGACACUUAUCAAACAUCAACAUGAAGAUGAUCAGUUCAAAUAGCUUGCGCAUGCGCUGUGCCUUUCGGUAUCUGUUCGCCAUUUUUGUCCUCAUCCUUGUGUUCGUCUCAAUACAGUUAGCCUUAGUCACGGACAGGCAGCAUUUUUUCAAAGACAGACAAUUGUUAGACUUUCGUGACUCUAAAUCACGUUCUUCCAAGAUGGGCACGCAGUCUCAUUUAUCAUUUUUUCUAAAUAAAACCACAAAUGAAUUUGUUAAAAACCGUAACAAAAAUACCCGUCAGUUGACAUGGUCAGAAUAUCAACAAGAUUCGUCUGCCAAAACAGGCAAUGCCCUGAUAGACAAUUACGGCAAGAAUGACUUGACUCGGCCUGGUGAGAACGGGGUGGGAGUCCACUUUGUUGGCGAGGAGAAAGAGCAAGCCAGCCAGCUAAUUCAGCAGUUUAACCUAAACGUAUUGGCCAGCGACAAAAUACCUCUAAACCGGAUGGUCCCGGAUUCAAGAUUCCCUGGCUGCCGGUCAGUGACGUACGAGAACGAUCUGCCAACAGCCAGCAUCAUAGUUCCCUUCUUCGACGAGUGGCCGUCCAUCCUGCUGCGCACCAUCUACAGCAUUGUGAACCGGACACCGCGCAAACUGCUCAAAGAAAUCAUCCUGGUCGACGACGGGAGUCAGAUGGAGGAGAUAAAGUCCAAUCUUGACACCUACAUAGAAUCUCAUUUCCCCAUGGGCCUCGUGAAGGUGAUCCGGGUGCCGAAACGCCUGGGUCUCAUCCAAGCGAGGCUGAUCGGGUACAGGAACUCCACUGGGGACGUCAUCAUAUUUUUUGACAGCCAUAUGGAGGUCAAUAUUGAUUGGCUGCAACCACUUCUUACGGAAGUGAAACGCGACCGCAGGACCAUUGCCAUGGGUGCCUUGGACUAUAUCCAGCUUGACUCCAUGCAGUACAAGCACUACACAGACUAUAUGACCAGAUACGGGUUCGACUGGCGGCUCGUCUUCUUCGAGACCUUCUUCAGGAAUGACCAAGUGGGCCCCAAACCGGAGUCAACCAGACCCGGAACGGUGAUGGUGGGUGCUGCCUAUGCCAUUGAUCGUCAGUUCUUCCAUGAGAUAGGGGAAUAUGACGAGGGGAUGAAGGUGUGGGGAGGGGAAAACCUUGAAAUGGCGUGGAGAAUCUGGCUAUGCGGCGGUCGCCUGGUGCACGCUCCGUGCUCGCACAUAGGCCACGUGGCGCGCUCGCAGCCGUACAGCUUCCCCGGGGGUCGAGAGCAUAUUGAGCAGUACAACUACAAACGGGCCAUCGAGGUGUGGAUGGAGGAGGAACAUAAGGAGCUCAUCUACAACUACUUCCCAAAUAUGAAGACCCUUGACGCGGGAGACCUAUCGGCAAGACGGGCACUAAAAGCGAGGCUGCAGUGCAAACCUUUCUCCUGGUUCAUGGACAAUAUAUGGCCGGAAUUAUUCGUACUCACUAGGAACGUGUCCGCAUGGGGCUCGGCGCGGAAUCUGAACACAAACAAAUGCCUGGACAACCACAACUACCUGUUCCAGGCAGAGGAGACCUUGUUCCUGGAGCCAUGCCAUUACCAGUUAGCAUCGCAGGGUUUCUCGAUGACGCGCGAUGGCCGGCUUCGUACCUCUCUCCAGUGUGUCGUGGUGAAGGGCGCCACCCCCGGGGUGCGACCCAAGCUGGAGGACUGCAUAAUCGGGCCCAAGGACACCUGGACUCACUCUCAGAGUAGCUACAUCAAACAUGACGGCACAGGCCUGUGUCUAGAUAUAGACGAUGGCGGUGUCAUUAUGCGGGCGUGCGACCCAAUGUCCGUAACCCAGCUUUGGCAGUUUAACACUUACGUCCCCUUAAAACGCCAUCCAUAGACACAAGGAUAGUCUACGAAACGGUGCUAGUGUUUUAAUAAUCUUUAUGUCGAAACGUUUUUAUUGUCGACUGUAUUUUUAUUGAUGUUCUUUUGAUUUUACGCAUCCAUAUUCACAUUGAUAGUCAUAAUCGGGUUUCAUACUAGUAAAUUAUCUUUCCGUGGUCGAAAGAAGCGCCUUUCUUUUAAGAGUGUAUUUUCUCCUCCGAUAUCAAAGCAAUUUAAGUAACCCCUACCUUUAGAUUAUACAUCAUCGUUCAGAACCCGCGUUCUCUCAAAUCCGGUUUGCUUAUUAAUUGACCGUGGGAUAUAAGAAUUAGUGUCGUUUCUUUUUAAAUUGCAAUAUUUUGACGAUGAAAACCAUCAUGUACGCUUAUAAAUAACGAUUGUAUAUAUGCCAGUUGGAAACUCUAUCAUAUUGUUGCAUAAUCCUGUCGUUUUCUCCAAAUCCAUUGACAAACAGAAACGGGCAGUGAUCUGUAAAUGUUAAAUGGCUGUAUCGACGUACAUGUUUGUAUUUAAUUCAUAUUCCGGAAUGUGACGGCAAUUUAACUGGUAGUUUCUAUUGCACUGUGUGCAAAUCUGAACAGAAAAUUAAAUGACCAGUUAGUUUUUUUUUUCACGAAUAUUCAAAUCUCAUAAACUUUUAUUAUAUUAAAAAAUCAAAUAUCCCAAACAUAACAAACAUAACAAACAUAACAAAGGGCUGUUUUUUGUUUCAAAAAUGCAUAAUUAUUUAUUCACGGUAUCUUACAACGUAUUAUAAAAACUAAACGUGUGUUAUAGAUCUCCAUAUUACCAGAUAAGUCUAUAUAAGAUUAACGUGUGUUAGAGUCCUCAAGUAUGAAUUAAAGUAUAAUUCCCUCAUAUUCGCUAAUAGUUGAUACCUCAUACGUUUUUGAUAACUUAUUGUUUUCAUCAAUUAUAUAUUUAUAUGGAUGUUUUUUUAAGGUUUUGGAUAUAUUUGCGAAUUCUGUGAAUUACUUUGAUUCGUUCUUGCUUAAAUCCGCGUGUCAAGCUAAAAUAUUAAUAUGUUGUUCUGUGCUUCGAAAUUAUGCUGUGCUACCGGCAGUGCCAUAGUAAAAAUAUUUCGUGUAAAUGGGUACGGAAGGAUAGCAUAGUGCUCAAAGAUGUGGUGAAGGUUAAGAAAGGUAACGGACAUAUAAUCAUGACGGUUUUGAAAACAAUCAUGAUAGACAAUGAGUGCCGCCAUAAUACUGCCAUUUGUGUUCUCCCCAUGUGCAUGUAGGUCACAGAAUGUAAAGUCUCUGACAAUGAUACUCAGUAUAGUGCAUUGUAUUAGAAAUGUAAGAUAUUGACAUACAGGGGCUUGUUCACACAUAUAUGUAGAUGAAUGCAGUUUCAGAAUUGUUAAUCACUUUAGCAUGUUCUAAGAUAACUAGGAUACAUGUUUUUGUGCUUGAGUCGUUUUGUAAAUAUCACUUUACUGAACUUACUUAUUUUAGGUAUUUAUUUUUAUGUUUUCGAUUUAGUUGUUGUGUUUGACUGAUUUUACUGGUUUUAUGUAUUUACGCACUUGUGUUGAAUGUGCUGAUGCGAUAACAUUAUUUUACUAAAUUUACUGUUUUUAAGUAUUAAAUGUACUUGUUAUUUGAGUCGCUGUGUUAAUGUUAUUUUACUGAAAUUGCUGGUCUGAUGCUGUGGCAUAAGGUCCAUUUUUUGCAUGACGCGACUCCCAUAAGUAUCACCAACUGUAUAUGUUAAGCCCUUUUAAUAUGUUAAUAAACGAUUGAAAAGCAUGACUUAAAAAUAUAAA